AUGUCUGCAAGAGAAGCUCGAAUCCCACCCGGCUGGGGGCCGCCCCCAGACAUGCUGGUGGAACAGGUGGAAUUGUGGUGGUCCCAGCAGCCUCGGCGCUCAGCACUCUGCUUUGCCGUGGCUGUGGGCCUUGUGGCAGGAUGUGGGGCAGGUGGUGUGGUACUGCUCGCCUCCACCAGCAGCCGCUCAGGAGAGUGGCGACUGGCGGUGGGCACCGUGCUCUGCCUGCUGGCCCUGCUGGUUCUGGUUAAGCAGCUAAUGAGCUCGGCUAUGCAGGACAUGAACUGCAUACGCCAGCCUCACCACGUGGCCCUGCUGCGCAGUGGUGGCGGUGCCGACGCCCUCGUGGUACUGCUCAGUGGCCUGGUGCUGCUGGUCACUGGCCUGACACUGGCUGGGCUGGCCGCUGCCCCUGCCCCUGCCCGGCCACUGGCCGUCAUGCUGUCUGUAGGCAUUGCCCUGGCUGCCUCCGGCUCGCUCUUGCUGCUGGGCUUGCUGCUAUAUCAAGUGGGCGUGAGUGGACACUGCCCCACCAUCCGCACAGCCGCCCCCUCCACCCACAGAGACAAUGUCAGCAUCUUCAGCAUUUCAGGACAGUUGUCUGCUGGCCAGCGUCAUGAGACCACAUCCAGCAUCGCCAGCCUCAUCUGA